AUGUCUUGCCCAGACUCUAGUAGUGCAGGAGGGUACGAUCCAAAUUCUAUGGGAACGAAAGCUGGUGAAUCAAAUCCUAUUUCAAUAAUAACCACCGGUUGUUCCGCGCAGGGUGAAGCUUCAAUUUGUGAAGAAGGCAACGACCCAGAAACUUCGCAUAAUUUCCACUCACAGUCUACUGCGAUAGUUGGUGAUAAUGAUGAUCUCCAACGAUUUUUCUCCGCCUUCGGUUCUGUACAGAUUGUGUGGCCACUUGCAGAAAACGGAGAGUCGGAGCAAGGUCGCGGCUACGCGUUUGCAGUAUUCGCUUCAGCCGAUUCUGUAAUUGGGUUGCUCAACAAGUGUUCCAGCUUUAACGGAAAGUAUACUAUCUCAGCACCUGUUUGCGGUCAUCGUUACGCUAUUAUUCAUAUUCGAGUGUGGUUGAACAGAAAUGCAAAAUACUGCAUCGAAAAUAACCUGGAUUUCACGGACAAACUUACUAAGAAUGCCGUAUUUGUUGGAGGUCUUCCUCGUACAGUUGAAGUGGAAACGGAUUAUCCGAAAGGGGCUGGAUGUGUCGUAUUUCGAUAUCGAGAUUCCUUUCUCGUUGCCAUCGCUCGUCGUUUUACGUCCUUCAAAUUUACGGACUGUUUCAAGAAGGUCGAAUUGAAACCUUAUCUGAUGCGGCUGACACAGUGCGAUAUUUGCCAAAAAAAUAGAGCACGUAAUUUCUGCCCACAGCUUACGUUGUCUCAAGUACAUUCCUGCUGGCAGCAAGCGCACAUCGACCUGGAUAAUCUGCGCGAACACCUUCCCAUGGUUCGUUCACCACCUGUUCGUGGACGCUCAUCGACAGCCAAUUCUUCCACUCAUCGGAGCAAUCAACAUGAAACUCGAACGGCGCAGCAGGACGAUCACAGAUCAAGGCGCCAAUAG